GAUCCUCGCUGUCCUCUGCGAGCAGGCACAGAGCCGUGGACAGCUUCAGCGGCGAAAUUCUCUCCAAAUCCGUCAGGCACGGCCGUAACCGAUCGGAAACCCUCGAUACUCCGCCGGACUCCCCGACGGAGCCAUCCUCUCCUGCCGAAUCCGUCCACAGGUGGUUCUCCAACAUUCUCAAACCCCCCAACGCGGACGACUCUCCUCAAUCGCCACACUCCAUCAGCACCGACCAACCGCCUCAGCUUCUUCUGCCAAGACAGUUGGCGCACCGGCGGUCCAGAUUCCAGAAUGGUGCCUCCGCGGCCCAGGCACAGGCGAUUCCCGCCCCUCCUCGGCGCUUCCGAACAGCAGUGCCUUCGCAGGAUGAGCAGCUGCUGUCUCCGCCAAAGAACUUGGUCGAGUCUGCUCACCGAAGGUCGAUUUCUUCCUCGACGUGCUCAGUGCCAGAUAAUCAGGUCCUGUCGCCUCCAAGGAGCCUCGUGGAGUCGGCCCACAGGAGGUCGGUGUCGUCAUCCACCUGUUCCCUCGAUAAGAUCACGUCAAAGGCGAUCGGUAAUGGGGGGUUGAAGGAAGGCGAUGGCGCAAGGGAAGUUGGUGUCAAUGGAUUUCUCAAGAAGCAGAGAAGCAAGAUUGGAAAGAUCUUCAGUGGUGAGAUCAAUGCCAGGGCGAAGAUUGUUCUCUCGGGACCUUCAAACAGUACUAGUUCUAUGAUAGCUGCGAUAUGUUAUGCAUGGCUUUUGGAGAAUAGGAUGAACAAGAGCAAGGGAGAAGGCAAUGGAGGAGGGUCCAUUGCAGUGCCCAUGAUGAAUUUUAGGAGAGCGAAGAUGUGGAAGCAACGUCAGGCUGCUUGGCUCUUUCACUAUGUUGGUCUUGAUGCCACCUCCUUGCUUUUUGCCGAUGAGGUGGAUUUGGAAAGUCUAGUGAUGGCUGGAAAAUUAAGCAUCCUUGUGGUCGGGCAAGAUGUCCUCAAAACGACUGGUGAGGUUGGAUCUCAAUGCACGGUUCUAACAGAUAAUUACUGUGAAGAAGCCUACGAUCUGCUCGAAACUGAAGUGCUCAAGAAACUUUUGCUGGCAGGAAUACUGCUAGACACUCGAAACCUAAAUGCAACCGGUAAAUUGUCUACUACAAGAGAUGCUGAAGCAGUACAGCUGCUACUUGUUGGCUCAGCCCCCACUUACAGAAAUACUCUCUUUGAUCAACUGAUGCAGGAUCCACAAGACAGCACCUUUACUGAGUCCUUGCAGCAAAACUACGGGAAGCCUCCUAGUGAGAGUAGUUCCAUUGCUGGAUCUAGGAAGGACCACAGGGUUCCUGAAAGAAAGUCUACCACUGUCCAUUCCCAAGAAGGCAUUAAGAAAGGUCCCGAAAAAAAUCACCAUGAUGCUAAAACUGCAAAAACUGACAGGGUUUCCCCAAAACCAGAUAAACAAAACCCAAAUCCUGUACAACCUUCAGAAAAAGAAUCCGAUGCUGGUCGACGAAAGAAUACGUUCUUUCUGGCCAGGUGGUUUGGUUUCGGUCCAAAAUGAAGACUGAAUUCUAGAAUGGCCUGUGAAGUAUGAUUGUUUCAAGGAACUCUCACUGAAUUGGAAGCCAUGUUUGGUCUCCCAGAUUGCUGAUGAGCAAAAUGGUGAAAAAAGUUGGUCCCUCCAAAAUAUUCCAUUAUUCUUGCUUUAGGUGUCAUUAUGGCAUGAAAGCGUACUUACAUAAGAGACUGAAGCAGUGGUAAAGGAGCUUUUUCGAAGACAAAAGACCACUGUGGAUGCCAUCAUCUGUAUGAGCAGUUAUUCCUCCUGUUGUAGCAGUCUUCAGUUUGUCAUUGGAAACACCACUUUUUCCUUUGUUGCUGUUGCUUUAUCAUUACUUUUUGAGUAGCUUCUGUUGAUCUCAGCUCAUUGUCAUGUUCUUGUCCGUGGAAGAGGAGAUCAUGCCAGAUGAACUUUUGUUUGCAAAUCAACUGCCAUAAUUCCCGAGAAAUAUGUUGAAAAAUCCGGUGCAUCGCUUUGCUGUCUGUUGCUCCAGAAGGGGAAGAUGUAUAUUUACAGAGAAUACUUUAUCAAUUUUGUUAGAACACUUGAAGAUUCAUUCCUGUAGUUCUUAUUAUUAUUAUUUUUUUUAAA